AUGUUAAUUGACUUUUUGUCCUGUCAUUUGAAGCGCUUCAGUAUCCGUCUAAUUCGUGACAAAGGUAGAUUGACGGUUAAGCGCUUCAUUCGGGCUCUGCCAUUACAAGACAACAGGACUUCCGAGGAGGAGACUGCUGUUGCCGCUCUUCUUCAAGGUCUCCUGGAAAUUUCCAUGAACGGAUUCGACGGAUCGGCCUUUUCAGAAAAGGAUGCGAUACCAGAAGCUGCCGCAGCCAUACCGCCGGACUCGAGCCUUGGCCGGCGAAACGUCCGUCUUUUCGUGUUCACUCUCGGCGUCUUGCUGGAAUAUCUUGACUGUUUCAGCAUCGACGGUGAGGCCGCGCUUGAGGACCGCGCCCUGCUCAGUCUGGUGGACGUGUUCAGCACCGAACUCCAUGCUUUCGGUCGC